UCGCCAACCACCAGCCAUCUCGUCAUGCACCGAUACACACAGCCUAGUGCCCUCUUCGAAGCGCCGUACGGCACCGUCCAUACGUAUCUGGACACAGAGCACGACAUGGCCCAGUGUGUGAUCAAACGCCGGGGGAACCACCCCCAUGACCACGUCCGCGCCGCCGAGAACAUCGACCGCGAGAUUGAAACCACCGAGGUCCUCAAUGCCAAUGGCGGGCACCCCAACAUUAUCCGCAUGAUCGAACACUUCAUAGAGGACGAAUACAGCCAUCUCGUGCUUGAGUUCUGCAACCAAGGCGACCUCCUCACGGUGCAGCAGCGCGAACCCACCGGCCGCUUUGACCACUCACGCAGUUUGGCCUACUUUCGAGACGUUGUCCUCGGCCUGCAAUACAUGCACAAACACAAUCUGGCCCAUCGAGACCUGUCCUUGGAGAACAUAUUUGUCACCGACGGUGGUCGGUGCAAGAUUGGCGACUUCGGCUUGAGCGUCGACGCCACCGUGCCCACCCAUGCCUCUGUGGGCAAAAUGAUGUACAUGGCGCCCGAAGUCGUGGACGGGCUGAAGUAUGACCCCAAGGCGGCAGACAUUUGGUCUCUCGGCGUUAUGCUCUUCGUCAUGCUCACAGGGGUGCCUCUCUUCGACGUGGCUUCGUCCAAGGACAAACUGUUCCGCGCAGUGACCCGUCAAGGCCUUGACCCCGUGCUGACGAUCUGUCAAAAGAAGGGCUUUCUAUCCCCUGCCGUGGCGGAUCUCUUGGAAAAGCUGCUGGCACUCAACCCAGACGACCGGUUAUAUGUUGACGAGAUCUUGGAACACGAUGCGAUGCUCAUGCAGUAGGACUGUAUUCGACUUGGCAUUAUUUAUAAGUUAGUAUUCCAUCGACUAGUAUUGUACUAUAACGUUAUCCAAUGUUGUUUUGGG